AUGGCGGUCUACCUGGAUUCUUGGCAUAAAUUUGAAGAGAGUAUGGGGGGCGCUCGGCCUGUCUUGAAAGGCACCGCUGAGGAGAUGAGAAACCAAUUCUCUGGGCUGAUUUCUUUUCUCGCGACACAAAGAACUCGAACUUGGGACAAUCUCACGGUCAAAGAUGAAAACAUCAACGGUAUCACGAUCCGAAUCUAUAUCCCAAACUCUUUUGAGGAGAAAUAUGCCCCUGUGGGGGUCUUCUACCACUCAGGCGGCUUUGUCGUGGGCGAUUUGGAUUCCGAAGACGAUUUUUGUCGCACAGUCUCUGCCGACGCGAAUAUUGCAGUUAUCAGUGUCGACUAUAGACUGUCUCCCGAGCAUAAGGCGCCUGCGCAGCUUGAAGAUGCCCUGACUGUCUUUGAGUGGAUAUACAAAAACGCGAAGAGCAUUGGAGUAUCUCCCUCAAGAAUCUUCACCAUUGGCACCUCCGCCGGUGGAGCAUUAGCCCUGGCGGUUACUCGAAAGAUCGUACUUGGUCAGUCCACGGUUCCUACAGACACAGUGAAAGGAAUUUUCGCACUCUGCCCAUUGGUCGUCCAUCCUUCGAAUGUCCCCACGGAGUACAAGACUCUGUACACUUCAUUCGAAGAACAUAAAGAAGGAGUGCCUAUUAUCGACAAAGAAUGUCUAUUAGAGAUGUACAAUUGCGCUGGCCUCCAGCCUGAUGAGAAGAACUACUACCCAGUUUUGGAUACUGAGAGCUUGAAAAGAUUUCCACCAACCUAUAUCGUUACGUGCGAGAAUGAUCCCCUGCGGGAUGAUGGGAAGAUAUUGAGUAGUGCACUCUCCGCUUCCGAAGUUGCUGUGGACACAAAGCACUUUGAUGGCUUGCCGCAUUGCUUCUGGAUAAUUCCCUCUCUACCUGAAUCAGAACUUUUUCUACAAGAUUUAAUUCAGAGAGUGAAAGAGGCCGUCAAGGGGGCGUCUCACAGUAUCAAUUAA